AUGUCUACGAAAAUAAGCCGGGCGGGGGGGGCACCUUCAAAGAGACGGAGCCGCGAGACCGCCACCGGCAGGGGGGCGUCGAUAGGGACCGCCCCGCAGAGACCGCCGGACGCGGCGCCAAGCCCCGGCCCGUCGUCGUACCGCCCCGCCACCCUCGACGAGACCGCUCGCGACGGCAAGGUCGUCAGCAUCGGCGGCAGAUCGAAGCGGGAGCUAUUCCCGCCCUCGCCAGAAACGCCGGGGCCCGAGCAGUACGCCCCCGAGGUGAUCCAGGGCAGCCCGGCUGCUGCUGCUGCUCAAGAGCCGCCAAGACGAGUAGCACCACCAGGACGGGCGGCUGCCGCAGGCGCUCCUUCGAGCCGAGAGAACGCGCCCCCGCCGCGUUCGACGAACCCCAAGCCAAGCAGCAGCAGGCGGCGACCACUGCGGUCAACCUCCAGCCCGACGAACGCACCCGGGGCGUCGCCCGCGGCGGCAUCCCUAGUAGCAGCGGCCGCCGGCACUUUCGGGUCUUCCGAGCGGUUUCCCAGGGACGCGGCCCUGAGGCCUGGCGUCGGGGACUACGACCUAAGGGCAGCCGAGGCCGCCGCCUGCGGCUCGUCGACGGCCGUCCCCCCGACGCUCGGGCGCAAGCCCACGGGGGCCCCGUACGACCCCGCUCUCAGCCGCUACCUCUUCCGCGACGACGGCCGCGUCACCCCCAGCUCCCACGCCUACCGCCCGGAGUCCGCCAGGGGGGGCGGCGGCGACGGCGGAUUGGCCGGCCACGCGUCGGCGCCGCCGGGGUGGUCGUUCGGAGGCAAGCGGCCGGCUCCCAGACCCCCGGACGGCCCCGGACCGGGCAAGUUCAGGCCUCCUUACAACAACGAGAGCGAUCCCUGCUGCUCGUCUUCUCCGGCCAGGGUGAGGUUUGGGGUCGGACGAGAGGACAUUUCCGGUAGCGUUUCAGGGGUACCGUGGGUGGAGGCGGAGGAGAGGGCGGCGCGGGGGGAGGCGGGCGGCCGGAGCGCGAGGCUUUACCUCCCCGAAAGGGACCGCAUGGGCUCGAGAGUGUUCAUGCGCUCGAGGCGAUUGCCAAGGCCAGGGACCCGAGGGCCUCGAUAG